CCCAUGACCGCCGCCGCCGCCGCCGCCCGCGCGGCGCGCCGGCACUUCUCUUCUCGGCUCCAGACUACCACCUCGCGCCUUCUCCAUGCAAGUGAUUCUCAGGCAGCGGCGCGGGAGACAUCCGGGAGCUUCAUCCACCCCGCCGCUGUCGUCCACCCGGAUGCAGCCAUCGGGCAGGCUGUCUCAAUAGGUCCCUUUUGCACUGUUGGGCCUUCAGCCAGAGUUGGUGAUACCUGUCAGUUACAUGCCGGGAGCCAUGUCAUGGGCCAUACUGAGCUAGGGGAGGGAUGCAUUGUUCAAACUGGUGCUAUUGUUGGUGCAGAUAUCCCUGGACGGACAAUUAUUGGGGAAAACAAUGUCAUCGGACACUAUGCUGUUGUUGGUGCAAAAUGCCAAGAUUUGAAAUAUAAGACUGGAGAUGAAUGCUUUCUACAUAUUGGUAGAAAUAAUGAGAUCAGAGAGUACUGCUCUGUUCACCGCUCUUCUAAAUCUUGUGACUGCACGGUUAUUGGUGACAAUAAUCUCAUUAUGGGUUCGUCUCAUAUUGCUCAUGAUUGCAAGAUUGGUAACAAUAACAUCUUUGCUAAUAAUACUCUAUUUGCUGGUCACGUAAUUGUUGAAGAUUGGACUCACACUGCAGGGGCUGUUGUUGUCCAUCAAUUUUGUCAUAUUGGGUCAUACUCAUUUCUUGGCGGAGGCUCCGUGGUUGCACAAGAUGUGCCAAGGUACAUGAUGGUUGCAGGUGAUAGAGCAGAACUCCGUGGUCUAAAUAUUGAAGGUCUCAGGCGCAAUGGAUUCUCCGACCAAGAGGUCCGUAGGUUGAGGAAAGCUUAUCAGAGAGUAUUUAUGCCAACUAUAACUAGCAAGAGUAGCUUUGAAGACAGACUGGCUGAAUUGGAGCAGGAAGUUGAGCUGUCGGAAUCUCCUGCUGUGUCCUGCAUGGUCGAAUCGAUCCGCAUGUCGUUUGUUCAAGGACAUCGGGGGAUUUGCAAAUUCAGAAGUUGGAACAGCUCUUGAAUGUGCCAAUUCUUAAAUUAUCUUGGCAGUUACCUCAGACGUUACUUAGGUGCAUAUUCAAUCUUGGCAUCGAUCUACUAUAUACUAUACUAUACCCGAACAGAUGAUGCAUUGCCAAGACCCUGAAAGUUGGAUUAAUCCAUGUCAAAUCUGAGUGACCAACAAGAUGUUCUUCGCAUGCACGUAUGGGAACAUUCUAGAAGCCCUGUAUACGUGUGAAUGUUCACGGUACCAAGUAGUGCGCUAAUUUGCUAGAAUGUACAUGUUGGCCUGGAUCAGAGGUUCAAAUCUGUAUAAUAUUGCCAUAAGUUGCCCCAAACUUUUCAACGAUUAUUCUUUGGGAUAAAGAAUUAAACCUUUCUUGACAAGCGAC